AUGAGCGGCUCCAUGGCCGAUUACCUCAAGCGCUACACGAGCGGUAGCGCCGAAAACGAUGCGGCGAAGAAGAAGAAAAAGAAGAAGGAGAAGGACAUCAAGCCGCCGACAACUCGAAUGCGCAUCAUGGAAGAGGACGCCUUCGUCAACAUUACGUCGGCGGGGAAGAAUGACAAUUCUGAUGACGAGGAUGAGCUUCGGAUAGUGGAGCAAUUGAAAAAGCAGGCCAACACUGCGCUGAGCUAUCGAAAAACGUUUGCACCGAUUGGGGAGGGGACAAGUGAGACUGGAGCCAAACCAACGCAAGUGGGGCUUUCAAAAUGCAAAUCAAGAAGGAGGUCGAAUCAGAUGUGGAGGCUUCGCCGCCACGUCGUCGGAGACAUGAUUCUGACGAGUCCCCGCCCCGUACUGCUGGCAGGAAAAGACGCGACUCUGACCAGUCGCCUCCUCGCAGCAGAGAUCGCAGAAAGGAAUCUUCACCACCUCGUCGUCGGCGCCACGAUUCCGAUACAUCCCCACCGCGAAGCCGGAGGCGGGCUGAUUCUGACACGUCUCCACCGAGGCGUGGGAAGAAAGAAGCUUCUCCACCUAGACGCCGACAACGUCACGAUUCUGACACCUCCCCACCUCGUCGUGGCAAUAGAGAUCCGUCGCCACCAAGGCGCCGUCAACGUCACGAUUCUGAUGCAUCUCCGCCAAGAAAGAAAGAAAAAGACGCUUCACCACCCCGCCGACGCCAACAUCACGAUUCUGACGCAUCUCCUCCGAGGAAGAAAGAUAAAGAUGCUUCCCCUCCUCGGCGCCCUCGACAGCGACAUGAUUCUGAUGCUUCUCCACCACGCAGAGGCGGAAAGGAUGCCUCUCCACCACGUCGUCGACAACGCCACGAUUCUGAUGCUUCACCACCUCGUCGGGGUGUCAAGACCGAAUCUGAUGCCUCGCCGCCAAGGAGACGUCAUGAUGGCCGGCAAAACCCUCGAGGGAAAGAAGUCCGGUCUGCAAAGCGCAAAGGAUAUGAAGGAGGAAGCCGUACGGCUAAGGGAGCGUGAGAAAAAGAGAUUCGAAGAAAUGGAUGAAGAGCAGAGCGGCCGCAAUGCCGAGGCUGUCACCAGGACUAAGACCUACGGGAAGCGUGAAAAGCCCGAAGACAAGGAGAAGAAGCAGCGCGAGGCGGCGAAGCAGGCCGAGCUGCAGGAGAAGUACCAAAUGUGGAAUAAGGGCGUGAAACAGCUCGCUGAUCGAGAAGCUAAACUUCAAGAAGCAGCUCGCGUCGCGGUCGAGCCUCUGACGCGAACCAAAGAUGACGAGGCGAUGAAUGACCAUUUGAAAGAGGUGCUGUAUGAGGAUGACCCGAUGGCGGCCUUUAUUACGAAAAAGCGCCAGAAGGACGAUAUCGCUGCGGGGAGAACGGUUUAUCCCCAAUACCAGGGCAACUUCCCGCCCAAUCGCUAUGGCAUUCGGCCGGGCUAUCGCUGGGACGGCGUCGACAGGGGCAACGGCUUCGAGGGCAAGAUCGCGCUCGAGAGCAACCGCCGACGCGCCAACGAGGGUGAAUACUACCAAAACAUCCAGACGUACGAA